AUGAACAAUAAAGUAGAAAGAGUUAACUAUGUCAGCAUACACAACAUCAAACAAGAAGUGGCAGACAAAUAUAUGAUAAAAGAUCUUUACUACUAUCAUUUAUUAAUUAAUCACCUUUCACAUGAAAAACUACAAUUAUUAGUAAAAAGGGGAGUGAUUAAACCAGUCAAAUCUACUUCGGCUGAGUCGGCCAUUUUAAAUUGUCAGAUAUGUGUUGCAGCCCAUGCAAAAUUAGCUAGCCAUAAUCACACUCAACAACGGGAAUUGGAGCGACCAUUACAACGCCUCCAUUUGGAUACCGCCGGACCAUUUACCUCAAAUAAAACUAAGAGCUAUCUUACAACCGUGAUUGAUCAAUUUUCCAGAUAUACUGAAGUUAUUGUAUCUGACACCAAAGCAGUCAAACAAAGCAUAUUGCAUAGACUUAGGGUCUGGAACAAUAGAUUUCAGUUUAAGAUCGCGGAGAUAAGAUAUGAUAAUGCAUUGGAGUAUCCAUCGGCUGAGGAGUUAGAGGAGUUAGGAAUUUAUAAACACCUUCUCCCAAACUACUCUCCUAUGCUUAACGGUACAGCUGAAGCAACCAACCGCCCCAUUGUCCAAGGUAUUUAUAAGGUAGUGUUAAAUUUUAGUUGUCAAGUAUUAAUACUUUUCCCAUUUAUAGUGGAGUAUGCGGUUCAUAUCCGGAAUCAUACACCUAUAAAAGAAUUUGAUGGUGCUACUCCUUAUGAACGUUACUAUGGUUUAUCUAAAUACGUCAUACCAUUUUUUCAGUUUGGAACCGACGUUUUGAUAAAAUGUGCUAGUGUACAAGAAGCUAUUUCAUUAAAACUACCAUCUUCAAGAGAUAAAGCUUUUCCUACAGUGAUGUUUGGUGCUUUUCUCGGUUACGGCUCAGAUUCCUUUACCUUCAGAGUUUUAGUUUCCACGAAAGGAUAUCCAGUUAUUACAACAUCAAACAUCCGUCCAAUAGCGACGAUGCAAGUACUCAAUGACUAUUUGGCAUACAUAUCGGAGAAUAGCUCAAUAAGCUAUGACGAUACAUUCUUAUCACCUUUGAAUCACCCAAUGAUUCGCACAAACCAACAUGAUAGACGUGGAGACAAUAUAAAUGUCGAAUAUGAAAACCGUCCAAAUGUACCAUUUGAAUAUCAUGCUGAACCUCCUCGUACAAAUUCAUCGACGGGAAUUAUCGAUCGACCAGAUAUUAGACCUAGAGCUGAUCCCACCUGGCAACGUAUGCCUGAUGCCAACAUACAUCAGGAAACAACAACUGUACAGACUCCUGAUCAUGGGGAGUUAGAUACCAUGAUCAACAACGAACACCAACUACCACGAUCUGGGGAGGGUAAUUACCCCGGGCAACAGGUGCGCACCGAUAUUAUUGGGCAAUUUCGAGAUCGCGGGCCUACCACUCUAAACACUCCGAUCGAUCUAGGUGUACCCGAUGAAACAGACGAUAUUAGUAUGACAUCAGAGAAUCCAAUUGAUUCCCCAAAUUCCGAGAUGAUCAUAUCCCCAUCUUUACCCACAAAUGAAUUGGAACAUCAAAUCGAUAUCAGUUCAGGGGAGAUGUCGUUAUUGCAAACGAAUAUGGAAGCAGAUAACGAAUUGAAAACAAAUGAAAUGGUAUUAUACAAAUCAAAAAAUGAUGGUAUUAUCAUUCAACAACAACAAUUCACUGAAAAUUUGUCAGAUGAAAAUGAAGAAGAUUCAUCAACAGAUGAGGAAACAUUGGAAGACAAAAAACAACAGCGAUUGGAAUAUAAUAUUUCACCAAACGAUGAGUGGAUAAAUAAUGACGUUCAGAACGAAGAUGACACACAAGUGCCACAUGUUAAGGAACCAAUCAAUUAUGAAACUCAAAGUAGAAAUGAAACAAACAUGCCACGAAUUGAAAUGGGCAUAAUAGAAAACUUAAGUGAUGAUGGAAAGAAUACACCACGUGAAUUACGUAUGGUCACCUACGAUAAUAAUAAAAAAAUUCAAAAGUACCAAAACAGUAAUAUCGAGAUCCUGGAACCCAGAAACGAAAAUAAAAACCACACAUUCAUUGAAAGCAACUUAGAAUUACUUGACAAUCAAGAAAUGUUUCAAGAAGAUCCUCAAGUUGAAGAUAUUCGAUUGACAACUCCAAAAAAGGACAAAUCGUUAUCACCUGAUUUCAAUCAAACCCAUAAUGAAAUACAACUAUUCAUGGCAGAUAUCAAUGAAGAUAUGCUAGAAGAAUAUGAUGAAAAUAUAAAUAUGAAUGAAGUGUUAGCUGACUCCACGGAGACGUUGGACAAAGAAUUAGAUUUAGAUGAAGAAAGUGGAAGGAUCGAAUAUAUUGCUGAUAGAGUUAGAAAAAAGAACAGAGGUACUGAUGGUGCGCCACACGGGAAAUAUUUAAAGAAAAAUGAUAAAGAUUUUGGUUCAAUAAAAAGUCAGAAAAAAUCUGACGCACAAAUGGAUGAUGAAGUUGGAAUUGCUAUUUCGAAGAUCAGAAACUUUCCAUUUAGAUUGAAGGAUGGACGAGCAAGUUUCUUCCCUCCAUAUAAAACAAAAUUUGGAAGAUCAGUGCAUCCACCUAAAAGAUAUUUAAAUGCCAUUGUUAAGAAAAUAGAUUACAAUCAAAAAGAAUGGCGUCAAAGUAUGGAAGAAGAAAUCGAAAAAUUUAAGGCUAACCAAGUUUACACCGUUGAAAAAACACCAAAGAACGUUGUCCCAUUGAAAACCAUGUGGGUACAUACUUACAAAACCAAUGACCUCAAAAAUCAUAAUUACAAAAGCCGUUGCGUGGUAAUGGGAAACUAUAUGGUCGAAAAUCGUGAUUUUGAUCCCCAUGCCAUCUCCUCCCCGGUAGUAGAUCUCACAAGUAUACGACUAUUAUCUGCCAUAGCUGUUGAAAAUAACUUGGUUAUGCACCAAUUGGACAUCGCCUCAGCUUAUUUGAACGCCAGUUUGGAGGAUGGAAGAGUAAUCUUUGUGAGACCACCGCGUGGUUUUGAGGUUAAACCUGGCUAUAGUUGGCGUUUACACAAGUCUGUGUACGGUCUUAGGCAGAGUGCCCAUAAUUGGUACUCACAUUUUAAGAAUGUGUUGGAGGCAAAUGGUUUAAAACAAACACUACACAAUGAUGGCAUUUUUUGGAAAAAUUAUGAAAAUGGAGAUGUAUUAUAUGUGAGUGUAUAUGUGGAUGAUGUUUUUAUGAUAGCUACUAAUGAAAAGAUUAUUAAAGAGUUUGUUGCUAUGCUCGAAACAUAUUUUCAGUUACAAUAUUUUGGCGAGGCUACGGAGUAUCUAGGAAUACAGUUUAGAAAGACACCUGAUGGAUACACGUUAGACCAAAUACCAUUCUUGGAAAAAUUGGUCGCUACAUUCAAUAUUCAAGAUAGUUAUGGAAAAGACAUUCCUAUUAUCCCAAAAGAUAUUAAUGUGGUCAAGCAAUUGAGAAAGUCAAGUCAGAUAAAUGAUUUCGUUAAGUUGGAGAAACCUCAAAAGUUAAUCAAUUCGGUGUCAAAAACCAAGUACAUUGAUGAUUACGAAGAAAAUGAAGAACAUGAUUUUAAAGAAUCACCACAAGCUGAACCCUUAAGCGCAAAAGGAAUAAAAUUAUACCAAUCCGCAGUGGGACUGUUGUUAUGGGCUUCGAUGAACACUAGGCCAGACUUAGCUUUUAGUGUGAAUCAGCUCGGAGCAAAGUGUGCUCACCCAGAUGUCGACGACUGGAAGAGAUUGAUGUAUUGCUUACGGUAUAUUAAGAAAGAUAUGGACUUCAAACUUGAAUACAAGAGAGGAAGACUCAACAACAAGUCAAAAGAUUUUAUUAUUGAAUGUUUCUCAGAUGCCUCAUUUGCCCCAGAUUUGGACAGAAAGUCAAUCACCGGGACAAGCAUUUUUGUAAAUGGGAAUCUAGUUGCAUGGGCAACAAAGAAACAAAAAAUAAUCACACAUAGUUCAGCUGCUUGCGAAAUGCUUGCAUUAAAUUAUACCAUAUUGAAGGCAUUUGAUUUGAGAAAUACCAUUGAAGAUCUAGAGUUAAAAAUAAGGAAUUUGCAUGUACAUGAGGAUAAUCAAGCGGUCAUUACAAUCUUAAAGAAUGAUAAUUUCCACCCACAUAGACCGAUUGAUAUAUGUUACAAAUUUCUCAGACAAAAAUUGAAAGAUGGAUUUUUUUCAAUAUCAUAUGUUGAAUCUGGAGAUAAUUUAGCUGACUCAUUCACGAAAGCUUUAGGAAGAAAUAAAUUGAUUGAACAUACCAAAAGGAUUAGAGAAAGAAAGGAUUAUGAUAAUAAUGCUACACUGAUAGUGGACGUUAGGACGCUCGAAGAGAUUAAGAUAAACAAGAAAUUGGUACAUCAUUAA